AUUCUGUGAAUCCUUCUUUCUGCUGCUUUUUCUUUCCAUUAAUCAAUUUCCCAAUAUUCGACACAAGUCUUCGUCAAUGACUUCGCAUUCAAUUUCGUUUAUUUAUACCACCGAUAUUUUUAUCGAUAUUCUUAUCUGUGGAUUUAUUUAUAUCUAUCCACACAUUACUUAAAUGCCCUCACAAAACCAAUUUUGAAUGAUUGUAAAACCGUGGGAUCAAUUCAGUUUAAACCUCUUUCUAAUCACCCUUUAUGCGUUACCAUCCUAAGUCGGUCUCUUUUUGUUCAUCGUCAAUUUUGUCUGAUUUGGAGGGAUUUUUUUGGAUUCUUGGUUUUCUGAUGGAAAAAUGUAAGUUUCCUCUCUGAUCAAACCCCUAGUUUUUUUUUUUUUUUUCCCGAGUCAUAUUUAAAAGAUUAAUUUCCCUUUUUGAUUUUCGAGUUUUGAUUGGACUUUCAAUCUUCAAAUUGAUUGGGGUGAAGAGCUUUUGUAUUUUUUAUAAUCAAAUCCCACGAUUCUUUUUCCUUUGUUUUUAUGCGGAGUUUUUAUAUAAUUUAUAAUUUUAAAUUAGAUUCAUUGAGAUGAAGAGGGUAAGUGGAUUUUGAAGGGGGGAAAUGAAAAGUUUGGGUUUAAGAAAGGUCUUCUGAUGCAGAGCUUUGCUCCCAUGAAUUUUUUUCUUUGAUUUUAAAGAAAACCCUUGAUUUUUGGCAGAGUUUUGAUUCAGUUUUCAAUUUAUUUGACUGAGAUGAAGAGAGUAAGUGGAAAUUCUGAAGGGGGAAACGAAAUGUCGGGAUUUAAGAAGUUUAGGUGUUUGGAUGGGACCGAUGAGAACUACAGGGGUUUUGAGGCAAUGGAUGGUGGAAAAAGGGGGGGUGCUAUUAAGAAUGGAGAAGUGGGUGUUGGAGCAAUAAAUCAAAAUGAUUUCUUGGUUGGGAAUGAGGUUUCUCGUAGUUUUGCAGAGGAUUCAAGUCUUCUUCGUGCCAAUGAUGAGAACAAAUGGGAUUUUGAUAUCAACUUUGAUUGGAUUUUUAAUGAGGGGAAAGAGGAAAAUAGGUUUGAUUUUGAUAUUAAUGUGCCCAGUGUGCAGAACUCUGACAUGAAAGAUGAUGGGACGGAAAUGGUCUUUCAAGAAUAUACACAAUACCAACCUGCGAUCAAUGAGAGGAAAGUGCAAAUUAUAGACAUUACAUCGGAUGAUAGUGAUGAUGAGGUGGAAAUAGUAGCUUAUAAAAAUGAUGAUAUCGAAAAGGGUAAGCAAAUUGAGGUCGGGAUGUUAUCUGAUAGUGCAGAAAAUUUGAACCUUGGGUUAGCAAUGAUUGGGAUGGAGACAAUUGUUGGUGAAAGCAGUCUAGCAAGUGGUGGUGAGAAGAGAUAUACCAAGGAAGAGAAGGGUAAGGCUCCGGCUGUGGAUCCUUGGUUAUCUGUUGGGCCUAAUUAUCCGAUUGAUUUAUCGGUUGGGCCUAAUUAUCCAAUUGAUUUAGAUUUAUGGCCUGACAGGGAUGGCUUACUUGAAGUUAGUGAGCAUUGGGAAGAUGUACAUCUGUUAAGAACUGCAUCUAUAGAAUUUAGAGAAGAGCAGCAACCAGCAUUAGCUGAUAGGGAUGAAAGGGCUGGGGUUUUGAUCAGAGUAGAACCAGGCGCAGUUAGGUACCGUGGAGUUUCAAGACAGAGUGCUAAACAAUUAGCACGCGUUGAUUACCUUACUGAGGAAUUUGGAAGUGGAUCUUCAGGUCAGGAAAACAAAUUGCCUCCUUUAGAAGCUGAUGUACAGGUAGGACAUUCUCCUGGACCCUUUUCUGAUGCACUUAAGAUGAUAAGAGCACGGAAUGCUAGGCUAGGUGCUCAAAAGUCGAUUGAGUGGAAAUCUGCAGAAGAAAAUCGUGGUCAUAGUGUCACGGUGCCCCUUGUUCCUUCACUGUUGGAUCUUUCUUUGAAAGCUUUAGCAGAGAACGCCGAGGGAAUCGUAUCACUUGAACUGGUGCCAGAUAUGCUUAAGAAACGAUUGACUGAUUUGCUGUGUGAUAUCCGGAAAAUGGAUGUGCAUAUCUUGGACCUCUUAGUAAAUGGAUGCCCCACUGAGAUACGAAUAAAGAACUGUUCAUGGUUAACUGAAAAACAGUUCACUCAAGCGUUUCAGAACUGUGAGACAAGAGAUUUGAAGGUGCUUCAACUGGACUUGUGUGGGCAAUGCACGCUUGAUUAUGCAUUUGCUGAUACAUUUGCUCGGUCUUCAAAUAGCUUGCAUAAUUUGGCUAUCAUUUCCCUUAGAGGUGCCUGUCGUUUAACAGAUGACGGACUUAAAACAAUUGUAACGUCAGCUCCUGCACUUCAGUCUAUAAACUUGGGACAGUGCACCCUUCUCACCUGUGCUGGCAUCGAAUUUAUAGCCAAUUCUCUGGGAUCAGUUUUGAGAGAGCUUUAUAUAGAUGAUUGCCAAAAAAUAGAUGCAAUGCUUAUUCUACCUGCAUUGAAGAAUUUUGAACAUUUGGAAGUGUUGUCAGUCGCUGGAAUCCCGACUGUAAGCGAUCAAUUUGUGAGUGACAUGAUUACCGUAUGCGGUCGAAAUAUUAAAGACCUCGACUUUGCUAAUUGUCUUAAUUUGACAGAUCGUUCACUUCAAAUCAUUGGGAGUAUUUGCACUGAUUUACGUUCACUAAACAUUUCAUACCUGAAUCACUUGACAGAUUUGGGAAUCGAAUACCUUGCCAAUGGUUGUCGAAGAAUUCAAAAGCUCAGACUUUGCCGCAACCGGUUCAGCGAUGAAGCUAUGGCAGCAUUCCUAGAAAGUUCAGGAGAGUUCUUGGAGGAACUCUUGCUGAAUAAUGUGGCGAAGGUGGGUCCCAACACAGCCUUGGCACUUGCGAAAUGUUCAAGAAAGCUGUUAAGUUUGGAUCUAUCAUGGUGUCGCCAAAUUACUGAAGAAGCAUUAGGUUUGAUUGUUGAUAAUUGCUCGUCACUGAAGCUGGUCAAAGUCUUCGGUUGUACAGAGAUCACAAAUUUAUUUCUCAACAGGCAUUCCAAUCCACAAGUGCAUAUAGUCGGAUUAAAUUUGACUCAUAUAUUGCAGAAUGUAAAUAUGCUCGAACCCAAGGAGGUUCUAUUGCGCUAUUCGCCUCUGCCAAUUCCACAGGAGUCCUUGAUGUGAACACUGGAGAUGUUAGAUCCAUGUCUUUCUUGACAAAUCUGUUUAAAAGCUGCUUAAGUCAUUAGUUUCAUUAUUACAAACCUCUUGUUCUGUGAAUAAAUUGCAAGUGUAAAACGGGUUGUGUCCAGCUAUGCUAACUACAUUUUUCCUCGAACCAGGUCGGUCCUUACUGUA